AUGAACCGGCUCUUCGGUCGCUCUAAACCUAAAGGACCUCCACCGAAUCUCACAGAUUGCAUUGGAAAUGUGGAUUCAAGGGCAGAGUCUAUCGAUAAGAAGAUAGCCAGGUUGGACGCUGAGCUUGUGAAGUACAAGGAUCAGAUGAAGAAGAUGAGAGAUGGCCCUUCAAAGAACAUGGUCAAACAGAAGGCUAUGAGAGUGCUAAAGCAGAAAAGAAUGUAUGAAGGCCAGAGAGACAACUUAAUGCAGCAAUCUUUUAACAUGGAGCAGGCAAACUAUACAAUCCAGACUCUUAAGGACACAAAAACAACAGUGGACGCCAUGAAAAUCGGAGCCAAGGAAAUGAAAAAGGCAUACAAGCAAGUAAAGAUUGAUCAGAUUGAGGACUUGCAGGAUCAGCUGGAGGAUAUGAUGGAGGAGGCCAACGAUGUUCAAGAGGCGCUGAGCCGCAGCUAUGGAACGCCAGAGAUUGACGAGGAUGACCUGGAAGCAGAGUUGGACGCACUGGGUGAUGAGCUGCUGUUAGAUGAGGACACCUCCUACUUAGAUGAAGCUUCGUCCGUUCCUUCCAUUCCCGAAGGUGUGCCCAGUGACAUCAAGACCAACAAGGAUGGUGUGCUGGUGGAUGAAUUUGGCUUGCCGCAGAUCCCUGCUACAUAAGAAGCAAAUAAAACCAUUCAGGAAUACACUUUCAUAUGUAAAAUAUCAUUUAUACAUUCAACUGACAAUAUAGCCUGAGUGUGCAACAAGAUCACCAUUUUCCAGAGGCAUGUAUGAAUUGAAAGUUUUGACCAUGUAUUAGUCAUCCCUUCAUACUUUUAAUUUGUACUCCAAUACUUAAGUGUCGUCUUGAAAACUUUUUUUUUUUACUUUCCUAAACCAAUUUUUAAUUUGGUUUAUCGAAUGAAGACUAUAAGUCUUGCCCUAAUAAGGAAUUUGAAGCUCCUGAUUUUUGUUUCUAAACAUGUAAAGGGUUUCUGGUAGGCGGCUGCUUUUCAUUCUGUAAAAUAACACUGUGUAACUCCUUUAAAUAAAAAUUAAUAAAUUAUACAUUUUAAAGCA